GCUUCCGGAGGCUCCCAAGAAUGGAAUGGUGUUUGGCAAAGAGUACACCGUGGGGACCAAGGCUGUGUACAGCUGCAGCGAAGGCUACCACCUGCAGGCAGGUGCCGAGACCACCGCAGAGUGUCUGGAGACAGGCCUGUGGAGCAACCACAACGUCCCUCCCCAGUGUGUCCCUGUGACCUGUCCCGAUGUCGGUGGCAUCGGGGUGGAACACGGCCGAUGGAGGCUCAUCUUUGAGACGCAGUACCAGUUCCAGGCCCAGCUGAUGCUCAUCUGUGACCCUGGCUACUACUACACUGGGCAGAGAGUCAUCCGCUGUCAGGCCAAUGGCAAAUGGAGCCUCGGGAACUCCAUGCCCACCUGCCAAAUCAUCUCCUGUGGAGAACUCCCCAUCCCACCCAAUGGGCACCGCAUCGGGACGCUGUCUGUCUACGGGGCAACAGCCAUCUUCUCCUGCAAUUCUGGAUACACGCUGGUGGGCUCCAGGGUGCGGGAGUGCAUGGCCAAUGGGCUCUGGAGUGGCUCUGAAGUCCGCUGCCUUGCCGGACACUGUGGGACCCCUGAGCCCAUUGUCAACGGACACAUCAAUGGGGAGAACUACAACUACCGGGGCAGCGUGGUGUAUCAGUGCAACGCCGGCUUCCGCCUGAUCGGCAUGUCUGUGCGCAUCUGCCAGCAGGAUCAUCACUGGUCGGGCAAGACCCCUUUCUGUGUGCCAAUUACCUGUGGACACCCAGGCAAUCCGAUCAAUGGCCUCACUCAGGGCAACCAGUUUAACCUCAACGAUGUGGUCAAGUUUGUCUGUAACCCUGGCUAUGUGUCUGAGGGCGCUGCCGGGUCCCAGUGCCUGGCCAACGGGCAGUGGAGCGACACGCUGCCCACCUGCAGAAUCAUUAACUGUACAGAUCCUGGGCACCAAGAAAACAGCGUCCGUCAAGUCCAUGCCAGCGGCCCGCACAGGUUCAGCUACGGCACCACAGUGUCUUACCAAUGCAACCACGGCUUCUACCUCCUGGGCACCCCGGCGCUCAGCUGCCAGGGAGAUGGCACAUGGGACCGUCCCCGCCCGCAGUGUCUCUUGGUGUCCUGUGGCCAUCCAGGCUCCCCACCCCAUUCGCAGAUGUCCGGGGACAACUAUACCGUGGGGGCAGUCGUGCAUUACAGUUGCACUGGCAAACGGACUCUGGUGGGAAACGCCACCCGCGUGUGUGGGCUAGAUGGACACUGGACAGGCUCCCUGCCACACUGCUCAGGCACCAGCAUGGGGAUUUGUGGUGACCCUGGGAUCCCGGCACACGGCAUCCGUUUGGGGGAGAGCUUUGCCCCUGGGAGUCUGAUGCGCUUCAGCUGUGAGGCUGGCCAUGUGCUCCGGGGAUCGUCAGAGCGAACCUGCCAGGCCAACGGCUCGUGGAGCGGCACGCAGCCUGAGUGUGGAGUGAUCUCUUGUGGGAACCCCGGGACUCCAAGCAACGCCCGCGUCGUGUUCAGCGAUGGCCUGGUUUUCUCCAGCUCCAUCGUCUAUGAGUGUCGGGAAGGUUAUUACGCCACAGGUCUGCUCAGCCGGCACUGCUCGGUCAAUGGCACCUGGACAGGCAGUGACCCAGAGUGCACAGUCAUAAAGUGUGGUGACCCUGGGGUUCCGGCCAAUGGCCUGCGGCUGGGCAGUGACUUCAGGUACAACAAAACUGUGACAUACCAGUGCGUCCCUGGCUACAUGAUGGAGUCGCAUAGGGUGUCUUUGCUGAGCUGCACCAAGGACCGGACGUGGAAUGGUACCAAGCCAAUCUGCAAAGCCAUCAUGUGCAAGCCGCCUCCGCUCAUCCCCAACGGGAAAGUGGUGGGGUCCGACUUCAUGUGGGGCUCGAGCGUGACGUAUGCCUGCCUGGAGGGGUACCAGCUCUCCCUGCCCGCGGUGCUCACCUGUGAGGGAAACGGAUCCUGGACCGGAGAGCUGCCUCAGUGUUUCCCUGUGUUCUGCGGAGAUCCUGGGGUCCCGGCCCGGGGGAGGAGAGAGGACCGCGGCUUCUCCUACCGGUCGUCCGUCUCCUUCUCCUGCCAGCCCCCUCUGGUGCUGGUGGGCUCACCACGGAGGUUCUGCCAGUCAGAUGGGACGUGGAGCGGCACCCAGCCCAGCUGCAUAGACCCGACGCUGACCACGUGUGCAGACCCCGGCAUGCCGCAGUUUGGGAUACAGAACAGUUCCCAGGGCUACCAGGUGGGAAGCACCGUGCUCUUCCGCUGUCAGAAAGGUUACCUGCUCCAGGGCUCCACCACCAGGACCUGCCUCCCCAACCUCACCUGGAGCGGAAGCCCGCCCGACUGUGUCCCCCACCACUGCAAGCAGCCAGAGACGCCAACCCACGCCAACGUCGGGGCCCUGGACUUGCCCUCCAUGGGCUACACACUCAUCUACACCUGCCAGGAGGGCUUCUCCCUCAAGGGUGGCUCCGAGCACCGCACCUGCAAAGCAGAUGGCAGCUGGACAGGCAAACCACCCAUCUGCCUGGCAGAGGUCCGGCCCAGCGGGAGACCCAUCAACCCUGCCCGGGAGCCGCCGCUCACCCAGGCCUCAGGUGUGUACGGGCCUGAUCUCAAGACGCAUGUUGGUGCCUUCACCGAGUCACCCAGAAACAAGCACAUGAGUUUCUGAGCACCCAGUGGAAACUGUCUGUAGAUUCAAACUGCUUUCCCCUCCCACCUCCCAACCCAGGCAGACUUCAGGAGGAAGUGAGCCUGCAGGGAGCAAAAGUCUC